CAGCAACCCAAUUUUCCCCUUCAAAAGGCGAAGCACUGGGCAAGCUGGGUGGUCCGACCCACAGAAUGGUGGGCACCAGAAAAUGCCUCCGGCCUGAAUUGACCAACGAGAGCCGGUGCUUGGCGGUUUGGAGCCGUUGCCCGGUCAAGCCCGAGGUUUCCUGCACUCGCUGACCACUUGUUCUUCCCGCACCGACGCACUUUUCCUCUCACCUCCUCUUUUUCUCUCACUCCCGUAGUCCAGCUGUCAACUCUCCCCUCUCCAGCUUUUUUCUCAGCCUUUCCCGACUCGUCCACCUAGUAUCUCUUCGAGAGUAUACCCAACCAUAGACAAAAUGGCCUCCACUCGUGUCCUCGCCUCUCGCCUGGCCUCCCAGAUGGCUGCUUCCGCCAAGGUUGCCCGCCCUGCUGUCCGCGUUGCUCAGGUCAGCAAGCGCACCAUCCAGACUGGCUCCCCCCUCCAGACCCUCAAGCGCACCCAGAUGACCUCCAUCGUCAACGCCACCACCCGCCAGGCUUUCCAGAAGCGCGCCUACUCUUCCGAGAUCGCCCAGGCCAUGGUUGAGGUCUCCAAGAACCUUGGUAUGGGUUCCGCCGCCAUCGGUCUUACUGGUGCCGGUAUUGGUAUCGGUCUCGUCUUCGCCGCCCUCCUCAACGGUGUUGCCCGCAACCCCGCCCUCCGUGGCCAGCUCUUCUCCUACGCCAUUCUUGGUUUCGCUUUCGUCGAGGCCAUCGGUCUUUUCGACCUCAUGGUUGCCCUCAUGGCCAAGUUCACCUAAAUGCAUCCAACCAUGGACGGGCAAUACGGCGAAUCCUAGCUGGAGCCAUCGCCUGUACAUAUGGAGAGAGCGGACGAGCCGGCUUGUACGAAAAGGUUCAUGGUCAUAUGCGGCAUUAUCCACACCGCAUAUCCAUUGUGAGAUGGGGUGAGGGAGUGCAUUCGAUUCGGCAUAGAAUUGCAGCAUAGACGGAGGAAGGGGCAUAUAGACCUUAAAGACCGUGGAGUGACGAGCUUUGGCGAUCUCUCCGUCUCGUCGGUACUGCCGGCGAACCUGUAAAAUAGCCCGGAGCACUCUCACAUCGCUCUCCAGGGACAGUUCCAUCCACAAAAAGAAACUCUUCCAUUGUCGACCAACAUA